AGGGAUCAGUGUCAUUUACGGAUGUGACUGUGGACUUCACCCAGGAGGAAUGGGAGCAACUGGACCCCUCCCAGAGGAUCCUCUACAUGGACGUGAUGCUGGAGAAUUACAGCAACUUACUAUCAGUAGGCUUUCUGAAGUCCAAGCAGUUAGGAGCUGUGUUCCAUUAUCAAGUUCUCUGAUAUUAUCAAACCAGAUUUUCAUGUUGGAUCAGUGAGAAGAGUUAUGGAUACCAGAGUUAGAAUUUCCAGUUCACAACUUUCUAGGGAAGAUGUGGAAGGUCGGAAGGAGAAUCAGAUAGAAGCCAGUGGAAGUAAUAUCCUAGAGAUUAUGAAUGGAGUUUAAGAGCUAGGAGCACUUGGAACUGGGGACUUUUUUAUACUGGAAGACUGGGUCCCAAACUAAAGAGGUAGCCCUACAAUGGAACAUUUGUGGAGUCUUCACAUUCCGUAACAUUGUGGUGAAAGGGUUGACAGAUAUUUCAUGUGCUCUUUCCUAGAGGUAUGGAAGGCUGAUGACCAGAUGGAGAGGGACCACAGAAACCCAGAUGAGCAGGCAAGGCCAUUUAUAAUCUUUAAGAACCAAACCCCAAUUGAAGAAAGAGAUAAUCUCUUUGGAAAAACAUUUAAUCUUAGCACAGACUUUGUUUCUUUAAGACAAGUACCCUAUAAAUAUGACUUAUAUGAAAAAACUUUGAGAUAUAAUUCAGACUUACUCACUAGCGAUAGAAGCUAUAUAAGAAAGAAAGACGACGACUGUAAUGGAUUUGGAAAAGCACUCCUCUAUCUGAAGCAAGAGAAAACCCAUACUGGAGUGGAAUACUCUGAAUAUAAUAGAAGUGGAAAAGCCUUCAGCCAUAAAGAAGGCAUUUUUAAACACCAGAAAAUCAGAAAUUUGGUGCAACCUUUUAUCUGUAAUUAUUGUGACAAGGCGUUCUCAUUUAAAUCACUCCUUAUUAGUCAUAAGAGAAUACAUACUGGAGAAAAACCUUAUGAAUGUAACGUGUGUAAGAAAACCUUCUCCCAUAAGGCAAACCUCAUUAAACAUCAGAGAAUCCAUACUGGGGAGAAACCCUUUGAAUGUCUUGAAUGUGGAAAAGCUUUCACCCACCAGUCAAACCUCAUUGUACACCAGCGAGCACAUAUGGAGAAGAAGCCCUACGAAUGCAGUGACUGUGGUAAGACCUUUGCCCAGAAAUUUGAACUUACUACCCACCAGAGAAUUCAUACUGGAGAACGACCCUAUGAGUGUAAUGAAUGCGCCAAAACCUUCUUCAAGAAAUCAAACCUCAUUAUACACCAGAAAAUUCACACAGGGGAGAAACGCUAUGAGUGCAGUGAAUGUGGAAAAUCCUUUAUCCAGAACUCACAACUCAUUAUACAUAUGAGAACUCAUACCGGAGAAAAACCCUAUGAAUGUACUGAAUGCGGCAAAACAUUCAGCCAGAGGUCAACUCUUAGAUUACAUUUGCGAAUCCACACAGGAGAGAAACCAUAUGAGUGUUCUGAAUGUGGGAAGGCCUUCAGCAGGAAGUCCCGACUCAGUGUCCAUCAGAGGGUUCAUACCGGGGAUAAACCCUGAGACUGCAGCCAGGUUGUACUGUGAGAACCCUUCCAAUAGGGAGAAACCUUGCAAAGGUGCUGAAGGAACAUGGGAACUCAUACUGAGAUACAAUCUGUCAACUCAAAGUGUGUAAAAAUGAGGUCCCCUAAGAACAAUAUUGUACUGAUAGUUAGGUAUAUGAUACCCAACUAAAGAAUACAUAUCAGAAUAUAUCCAAUUGUAAAUAGACGUACUUGGCUGUAUUACAGUGAGUUUUUUAAAAUCUUGAAUAAUUCAUUCAAUAAUGAAAUAUUCUGGGCAGCAAGCAGCAUAAAGGAGCUAGAGACAGUACCCUAGGAAUUCAGUGGUUAUGUGUGAGAAUAUGCCACAAAAAAAAAAACUAUUUUAGAUCUGCACAUGUAAAUUUAACAGACACUAUGAGUUUGGAAUUCUUGUCUUGAUAAUCAAAUUAGGACACAUCAAACAUGAUUUUCCAUACUGAACAUGUGUUUUUCAGUACCUUUACAAUCCUGUCUGCAUUCCAAAUGAAACACGUAACAGAUUUCCAUAGCAUGUAGCAUAUGUUUUCUCCUCCUCGCUGGCAUAUAUAAGUUGGUAUGACCAUUGUUAUUGAGCUGCCUCUUCAGUCAACAGAAGACAAUGUUGUUGAAGUUUUAACCUGGGUUUGCUGAAGAUUUCCUAGAAGUAUUAUUGACAUAAAUAUGCAAGUGUGAGAUAAUUAAGAGAGACUGAAGAGAGUGAAAGGCAGAUGUGGGUUCUGUCACUCAGUGUGCACCAGGGAAUAAAUGGGCUGUGUAAAGCAUAGCCACACCCAUCAUGCUCUUGUUAUUUUCCACUGGGAUAUUUACAUACAAAUGCAAAUGCAUGUCUUUUACCAAAAUAUUGUAUAACCCAGAAACUACAUGUAUUUUUGGGUGUUUCGCUAUUUCCCUUAAUAUUUUAUAAAUUGUCUUGCAAAAAAUAGGAUGCAUAUGUAGUUCAAGUGUUACAUUUCAGAGACUUUAGAGGAAAAAUAAUUUAAGAAACUGUCAAUAAAUGUCUUAUAUUGCUUUUUAAAUUUUCCAUGUGCUUAGUCCACUUUAGAAAUAAAUUUUUGCAGAAUUCUGUUUAAAGGAGGCAUUUCUUCCAUGAAUUUCACUAUCAUCAACCAAAAGCAUUUCCCUUUGGAACCUGACUUAGUGUAAGUUACAACUUUGCUUUAAAGGCUCACAAACACUUCAUAAAUUAGACUUUAGUGAUCUCCCCAUAUAUUGAUUAUUAACCUUAAAAAAUUUCUUAUUUUUGCAUAACUCAAAGAUUCCAUUUUAGGCUUGAUUUCAAAUUCAUCAGUUCCUGUCCUCAUCCAUCACAAAUCAUGCAUUAGAAUUGUAAAUGGCCACUGUAACUGGCCUUUUUUUCUUUUGUUUUUGAAGAUUAUUGAUGUGCUAUGACUGUAUAUGAAUGUGAAUGAUUUUUCUGAACAAAUUUAUCAGAAUAUCCGUA